AUGUCCGACGGCACCGCCGACACCUGCUGCAGGUGCUGCAGCAGCUUCAUACUAACCAGCGGCCUCACCGCCCUCUUCCUCUGGCUAAGCCUCCGCACCUCCACACCGAAGCUCUUCCUCCAAAACAUCUCCAUCCCGUCCCUCAAUCGCUCCCACCCAAUCCCUCCGGCGGCGACGGCGAACUCCUCCUCCGCCGCCCUCCUCUCGUUCGAUCUGCGGCUGGAGAAUCCCAACAAGGACAAAGGGGUUUACUACGACGCCGUUAAGGUCGCCUUCUACUCCAUCGACGGCGGCAACAACAAGAGCAUCCCCUUGGGUAAUUUCACCAUCCCGCCGUUCUACCAGGGCCACCAGAAGAAGGCCACCAAGAGCGGCUCCCUCAACGCCACGGCCGCCGCCACGGGGGCGGCGGCGAUUCUCCGGCGGGGCAACGAUUCGUCGUCAACGCCGCGUUCCUUCCGGGUGGAUAUCGCGACCCGGGUUAGGUACAAGAUCAUUUUCUUCAAGACCAAGCGGCAUCGGAUUGCGGUGGGAGCUGAUUUCCAGGUCAACGACCAGGGGACCAAGGUCAACUCCAGGGAUGUGAGGCUGAAAACGACGCCGUUGUGUUGGGGGAUUGGUGCUCUAGUUCUCUCCGUUUUGGUUUUUUGA